AUGCUUGGGAAGAACAUGUGUCGUUCCAACCUAUGUAAUAUCCGUGGAAGGAGGGAAGUGCUUCUCAUCAAUAGGAGCAUAGCCAAAUUUCUCAGCAAAUGUAAGGUCAUACUGCGCUGCAGGCUGUAUCUAAACAUCCAGGCUAAUUUGGGUGAAGUAUUCGAAUGGAUCAAAGAAGAGAUCUCAUGUCACCUUCCUAAUGGGUACAAGGUUUUGGUCAAGCUGAUAGAUAUCCUGCCUAAUGCUUUGGGAUCUCCAGUUAGACCUUUUCUCUUAUUGAUGGUGAAUAUUAAUGUGUGCAUGGUGGCACAUAGGGAUGCCAAGGACUUUAAACUAUGCCUAGUGCUGGCGGUAGGGGAGUUCACUGGUGGUGGACUAGUGAUGAGAGAGCAGAGGCUGGUCAUGGAACUUAGGAAUGGGGACUUUGUGAUAUUCAGGAGGGCAUCUCUGAUAAUGUAUACUGAUGCAAAAGCUACUCCUGCCUCAAGAGCAAAAGCUGCUCCUGCCUUCAGAGCAAAAGCUACUCCUACAUCAAGUUUAUCAGCUAAAGGGGGCAAAAAUGCAGUCAAAGGCCCAGGAUUGACUGUAGGAGAAGAGAAGCUUCUCAAGGAUUUGGCUCAGAAGAAGAAGGUAGCUGAGGAUGCAGCUGAGGCUAAGAAAAAGCAUGCUGCUGAUUGUCUCUUAGAGGAGGCAGAAGAAGACAAGGAGAGGUCUGACAAGGACUUAGAAGAGGAAGUGGUAGAUGAGGUAGAUGAGGAGGAGAAAGAGUUUGCUAGAGAGGAGACAGUUAUAGGCCUGAAGAAAGAAGACGAGAAAUUCAACAAGCACUUCAGCAUCACUAGUAUUCCAAAGAGUAAGGUGAAACUCAGCAACCUGAACAGCCCGUGUACCAAGUGCAUAGCUAUCUCUGCUUACAAGGCAAUGUGUCUCUAUGUAGCCACAGUUAACAGCUUUUCUUCAGCUUUGAACAGGGAGGAGCUCUGCUGGGACCUACUGGUGUCUAGCACUAGGGACAAUGAGACUUGGAAGGCUGCCAGCCAACUCAGAGGGGAGUUCAUUGCCAAAGCCCGCAUCAGUGUCCCUAGUACCUGUGGAAUAGGAGAGCUAAAGCAUGAGGAGUUGGAGAAGAUGAGAUUCAUAUACUGA